AUGGCUUCUCGAGUUGUGAAUCCCUCUGCUAUCAAUUCAACUGAAUCACUGACUGGUAGCAAUUUUAAGAAGUGGAAGAGAGACUUAGAGAUAGUUCUAGGUCUUCUAGAUCACGACUUAGCGCUGAGAGAAGAGAAACCUGAGGUCACUAGCAAUAGCAAUGCUGAACAGAAGCAGAAACUCGAGAGGUGGGAGAAGUCAAAUAGGAUAUGCCUACUUGUCAUGAGGAAAUCCAUGACAAAAACUAUUUGUGGUGGCAUCACUGAAUCUGAGAAUGCUAAGGAUUUUUUGGAGGCCAUAGGACUGAAGUUUAAAGAAUCCGAGAAGGCAGAAACUGGAACCUUGAUGACCAAACUUGCAACCAUGAAGUAUGAUGGUGUUGAGGACGUGAGGGUUUAUCUUUUAAGCAUGAUAGAAGUUGCAAGCAAGCUGAAAGCUCUGGAGAUCCCUAUAGCUGACCCUUUUCUAGACAAAUUGAGCCUCAAUGAACUGAUUUCAGUUUCUGUUCAAGAAGAGGCAAGAAUGAAGAAGGAGAAAGAAGUGAACACAGUCCAUCUCACAACCAAUGCUCCAAAAAGACACCAUCCUAAGCCAAACUCAUCUGCUGCUGCCAAUAAGGACAACACUAAAGCUAACUCUCCACCCAAAGGUCAUCUUAAGAGGGAGUGUCAUAAGUACAAGCAUUGGGUAGAGAAAAAGAAGACUAAAGGACUUUAUAAGCCAGAGCAACCAAGUAGAGAUCAUGACCAUGUCAAAAACGAUCUCAAAACAAUGAAAAUUCAGCAAGGCUAUGGCAUAAAAGGCUAG